GCGCCGCGAGGGGCGUGGCCCAAAGGGGCGUGGCCCCACAUGGGCGUGACAUAUCGUGGGCGUGGCUCAUAGCGGGCGGGGCUCCCGAGGAGGGCGUGGUCUCCCAGUGGGCGUAGCUCUCAGAGAGGCGUGGUCUUUCCGUGGGCGGGGCUCGGCGGUCCCGCCCCCUGGCGGCGGAGGCGGAGCGGUGCCAAGAUGGCGGCGGAGCCGGACCCGGGGCCUGACCCGGAGCUGGAGGAGCUGCUGGACAGUGCCCUGGAUGACUUUGAGAAGGCCCGACCGGCGCCCCCCCCGCCGCCCCCGCCUGGGGCGCAGCCCCCGCCCAGCGCCACCGCCCAGGCCGCGCUGUUCGCCUCGCAGGAGCGGUUCUUCCACGAGCUCUUCGAGGGCGACUUGGCCUCCCAGGCGGCCGCCGAGUUCGAGGCCGCCAUGCAGGAGCUGGCGCGGGAGGAGCCGCAGCUGGUGGAGCAGUUCCAGAGGCUCUCGGAGGCGGCGGGAAGAGUGGGGAGCGACGCGGCGUCGCAACAGGAAUUCACCUCCUGCCUGAGGGACACGCUGAGCGGCCUGGCCAAGAACGCUACUGAUCUGCAGAGCCCGGCCGAGGAGGAGCUGGUGACGGCGCUGGCGGGGCUGGGGCUGGAGGACGGGGACGGCGAGGCCGGUGUCCUGCCCGCCGUGCGCGGCGUCAUGCAGAGCCUGCUCUCCAAGGACCUGCUCUACCCCUCGCUUAAGGAGAUCACUGACAAGUACCCCGAGUGGCUGCAGCAGCACGGCGCGGCGCUGCCGGCCGAGCAGGUGGCGCGGUACCGGGAGCAGCACAGCGUCAUGUGCCGCAUCUGCCGGCAGCUGGAGAGCGAGCGGCCCGGCGAGGGCGAGGCGGAGCGGCGGGCGCGCUUCGAGACCCUCCUGGACCUCAUGCAGCAGCUGCAGGAGCUGGGCCACCCACCCAAGGAGCUGGCGGGGGACACGCCCCCUGGUCUCAACGUGGAGCUGCCGGGCGCCGAGCAGUGUCGCCUCAUGUAGAGCCUCGUUACGCACUAAUUAACACCCCGACGAGGAUGAGGAUGAAGAUGAGGAUGAGCAGCCCCGGCUCUGCUGUCUCAUGGGGGUGGGGGUGUGGGGACCCCCACCCCGGGGACACGCGGGUGUCCCCAAAUGUCCCCAAUAAACACGUUGGCACCCA